AUGAAUAGCCCAGCCACUCAUUUCUGGUCAACAUCUCUACAUGCAUAUAAAGGCCUCUGCAUUAUCAGCUUUGAAUUCAAACACAAGGGAAGUGAUAAUAAUAAGGAAGGCUUUGGCUUCAUCUUUUUGGCAAAGAUGGAUUCCAAGGCUUCUUCUCUCCUCUUCAUUGCAUUCUUGUGCUUAAUCUCAACUUCCACAGCCUUCAACAGCACCAAGAUCCUUGCACAGUACCCUGAGUUUGCUAACUUUAAUGAUCUCCUCAGCCAGAGCGGGCUCGCCCAGGAAAUGAACAGCCGCCAAACCAUCACUGUCCUUGUGCUUGAUAACGGAUCAAUCGAUGGACUCUCUGGCAGACCCUUAGACAUUGCAAAGAGGAUCUUGAGUGCACAUGUAAUCCUUGAUUACUAUGAUCAAAUAAAGCUUUCGAAACUUCAAAAGGCCAGCACUAUCGUUACCACCUUGUACCAAGCUAGUGGUGUUGCAGAUAAUCGACAAGGUUUCCUGAAUAUUAGCAGAACUGCUGAGGGAAUCAAAUUCGGUUCAGCAAUGAAAGGUGCUCCUCUCGUUGCAUCACUUGUGAAAUCCAUCUACUCGCAGCCUUACAACAUCUCGGUGCUACAAGUCAGCGAACCUAUUGAGACUCCAGGGAUUGAGAACAUGGCUCCACCACCACCACCUGGUACUGCUGCCGUUCCCAAGAAGGCACCUGCUCCAGCUCCAAGCACUAAAACGCCACCAGCUGCACCUCCAACUGCCAAGACUCCAGCCAAAUCCCCUGCCAAAUCUCCUUCCAAGGCUCCUGCACCAUCCAAGGAGGGACCAUCUACACCAACUAAAGCACCAGCCGAGGGGCCAGUGGCUGCUGAUGGGCCAGUGGCUGCUGGUGGCCCAGUAGCUGAUGUGCCCGCAGAGUCCCCAGAGGCUGAUACAGAAGUGGCUGAGGAAGCACCAGCUGUAGCACCUGCAAAAGCUGCUUCUUCACGUAUGCAUGUUGCUGGUGCAACCGUGGUUAUCGGAUUGUUUGCCUGCAUAAUGGGUUUUUAA